AUGGAUACGGCAGCAGGCAGGAGGUACAUCAUUGAGGGGGCAGAGGAGGCAGUCCAGACCCACGAUAGAAUCUGCCGCGAGGACCGGCAGAUCUGGUAUACAGAUGGAACCGGCUAUCAGGGGAUGAUCGGAGCUGCCGCAGUCUCUAUUCGAGCAGGUAAAACCGCUAGAAAGUACCUAGGAACGGAACUGGACUCUACGGUCUACGUUGGGGAAUUAGAAGGGACCCGAAUGGCCCUAGAUCGGGCGAAGCCUAUCCCGAUCACGGUCUUCUCAGACAGCCAGACAGCUAUUCAAACCGUGCGCAACCCCGGCCGGCCAUCGGGUCAGUACGCAUUGCGAGCUAUUUAUGAGAGGAUCAGGACCUUGCGGAGCGAGAGCCUAGAGGAUGCUAAAUUACGUUGGAUUCUCGCGCAUAUCGGGGUAAAGGGAAACGAAAGGGCAGACAAGGCAGCCAAGGAAACUGCGAUAAAGGGAAUUAAAUUAAGCUCAGUAAAGCUGCGAGAUCGACCAAUCAUACAGCUUGUAGCUGCAGCUAAAAGAGAUAUCCGCUAA